AUGGCAUUUUUGAGAGUCAACAUAAUAGGUUUUGUAAUUAUUUUAAUAAAAGGUCUAACAAUCACAUUCUCUGAAGAAUCAAAAUACAAGUUCUUGGGUAACUUUCAUACAGAUAAUCUUUUUGAGGAUGGAGAUUUCAUUCUUGGUGGACUGUUCCCUUUACACUUUAGGGCAGACCCAGAUCUUUUACCUUUUGAUGCUAAACCCAAGCCAUCCUCCUGCAGUGAGUACAGUCCACGAGGAUUUCGCUGGAUGCAAACAAUGAUUUUUGCUAUAAAGGAAAUUAAUGCAAGACAAAAUUUUCUUCCUAAUUUUACAAUUGGUUAUAGAGUGAUGGAUAGCUGUGACCACAUACUGACAUCCUUAAGGAGUGCUCUUGUACUUCUUAAUGGGCAGGACGAAUCUGUGGAUAAUUACACAUGUGUAGGCAAUGGGCACCCAGCCACACAAGCAAUUAUUGGAGAUGCAGGAUCGUCUCGAUCUGUAGCUGUUCUAAGGACUAUUGGACAUUUCCGGAUUCCUUUGGUCAGCUAUUUUGCCUCCUGCAAUUGUUUAAGUGAUAAGCUUGAGUUUCCAUCAUUUAUGAGAACAAUUCCAAGUGAUGCUUUCCAAAUAAAAGCCAUUGUUAGGAUGGUCAAACACUUCAAAUGGACCUGGGUUGGAGCCAUCGGGUUGGACACUGAUUAUGCCCGUUUUGGAAUUCAGCUGUUUGUUGAAGAAGCCAAAAGGUCAGGUGUGUGUGUUGCUUAUGCUGAGUUUUUUCCAACCACCUAUAAGAGGGAGCGGAUCCUUGAGGUUGUGGACAUAAUCAGGAGCUCUUCAGCUAAAGUGGUCUUGGGCUUCACAGGUGAAGGUGAACUGAUACCCAUCCUGGACGAAUUUAAACGACAGAAUAUCACUGAUAUUCAGUGGAUAGCAAGUGAAGCCUGGGCUACAGCAACAUUACUAUGGUCUGAAUAUCGGGAGUUAUUAAUUGGGACAAUAGGUUUUGCCAUCAGGAAAGGUGAUAUUCCAAGUUUAAAAAGUUUUUUAACAAGGAUACGUUUAUCUGAAGCAUAUUCAUUACCCUUUAUUGCUGAAUUUUGGGAAGAGAUAUUUAAUUGCAAAUUAAAUAAUUCUUUGAAUUUACAUGCCCAUGCAUCAACUUCAAGAAAGCCAUGUACUGGACAUGAAGAUCUGAUGACAGUAGAGAACACAUAUACCGAUGUCACCCAGUUACGUGUCUCUUAUAAUGUCUACAAAGCAGUAUAUGCUGUUGCACAUGCACUUCGCAACAUGAAUGGGUGCAAAACUGGACAGGGACCCUUUGCAAACAAUUCAUGUGGAGAUAUUCGAAAUGUACUCCCGUGGCAGCUUUUACAUUACAUGAAGGAAGUUAACUUCACCACAUUUGGCCAGGAGGUCAGCUUUGAUAAAAACGGAGACCCAAUUGCUUCCUAUGAUCUGGUAAACUGGCAUGAGGGACCUGGUGGGUCUGUGCAGUUUGUUAAAAUGGGAUUUUAUGAUGCUGCUUUGGAAGGAGAACGUGAGCUAUUCAUAAAUGACUCCAUUAUAUUCUGGCAUGGAGGAAAACAGGCACCAGUGUCUGUUUGCAGUAACAGCUGCCUGCCUGGUUCAAGAAAAGCUCCUCGAAAGGGACAGCCUAGCUGUUGCUUUGAUUGUAUACCCUGUGCUGAUGGCGAGAUUAGCAACCAGACAGACUCUAUAGAAUGCUUUAAAUGUGCUUUGGAAGACUGGUCUAAUGAAGCUAGAGAUCGCUGUCUGCCAAAAAUAAUUGAGUUUCUGUCAUAUGAAGAUACAAUGGGGAUAACACUAAUGUUUAUUUCCAUCUUCGGUGCCUGUGUCACAAUAGCUGUUGCGAUUGUUUUUACCAUCUUCAGACAAACUCCGAUUGUGAGAGCAAACAACAUGGAAUUAAGUUUUCUUUUGUUGCUGUUUCUUGUUUUGUGUUUUCUAUGCCCUCUUGCCUUUAUUGGUGAACCGACAAACAUCUCUUGCUUUGUGCGUCACACUCUGUUUGGAAUCAGCUUUGCCCUGUGCAUUUCAUGCAUUUUAGGAAAGACAGUUGUUGUUCUUAUGGCUUUCAGGGCUACACUACCUGGAAAUAAUGUCAUGAAAUGGUUUGGACUUGCACAACAAAGAGCUAGUGUUUUCAUCUGUACUUCCAUUCAGAUUGUAAUUUGUAUUAUAUGGUUAACUACAAGUCCUCCGUAUGCUAUUCCAAACUCAAAGUUUCACAACUCAAAGAUCAUUCUAGAAUGUUCUGUUGGUUCAGCUUUUGGCUUCUGGUGUGUUUUAAGUUACAUUGGAUUUCUUGCAUCUAUGUGCUUUGUCAUUGCAUUUCUUGCUAGAAAACUCCCUGACAAUUUCAAUGAAGCCAAGUUCAUCACGUUUAGCAUGCUAAUAUUUUUUGCUGUCUGGAUCACAUUCAUCCCUGCCUAUAUAAGUACUCCAGGAAAGUACACAGUGGCAGUUGAACUUUUUGCAAUUUUAGCAUCUGCUUUUGGUUUACUGUUCUGUAUAUUUGCUCCUAAAUGUUAUAUAAUUUUGUUUAAACCACAGAAAAAUACAAAGAAACACAUGUUGGGAAAAGGCAAUGUAAACAGUAUAAAGCAAAGGGGAUGA